AUGGGGAUUGCGGGAGCGAGCGAGGAGGCCCUGUCAUCGCCGAGGAAUAGGGUGAAGUUCUUGUGCAGCCACGGCGGGAAGAUACUGCCGAGGCCAUCCGACGGUCUGCUCAAGUACGUGGGUGGCGAGACCCGUGUUGUGGCUGUCCCUCGUAAUGUCACUUUCUCAGAGCUAAUGAAGAAGCUGGCUAGCUUGUUCAACGUGGAAGGUAUCCUCAAGUACCAGUUGGUACCGGAAGACCUUGAUGCCCUAGUCUCUGUCACAUGCGACGAGGACAUCAAGCACAUGCUUACCGAGUACGACCGCCACGAUACCAUGUUAUCAAGGAACAGUGCUGCUCCGAGGCUCCGGGCGUUCUUAUUCCCUUCCAAUCCAGUAGUGAUCGAGAACCACAUCCCUUCCAGAACAGUGGAAACCAAUGUGCUGGAGCAGCGUUACAUAGACGCUAUCAAUGGGUUCGUGAGGACAACUAGCAAUGUGGGCCACCCAGUCUUCAGCAUAUCUUCUUCAGCAGGGUCGCCUAGGUCCACUGGACCAGACACCUACUCCCAUGACUCUAAUAAUAAUGAUGCUACAAUGUAUAAAAGCAGCACCGGAGAUGCAACCGAGCCUAUUAGCCGCUACAAGACCCAAGAGUUUGGAUUGGGUAGGGUUCGCAGCUCCCCAAAUCUACUUAGCACUGCGCAGCAACCCAACCACCAUCAACACCAACGUAUCCAGUCAAGGUUGGGAAGGCAAGCAGGGAAUUUACAGACAGUGCGGAGCGAUAAUUCAAGGUACCAGAUUGGUCAGCUAGCCAGAAGAUACUGCGUACCAAUUGGACACCACCAAGGUGGAAGCAGCGGACGCAUCGGGUACGGACACAUGGAAGGAUCCAGCAGCGUUUACAGGAAUGGUGGAUCCUGAGAUGUAGAGAAACUUUCUUGAAAGUACCGGGAAACAGAAAUGGGGAAGUUCCAUGAGACAGAGAUGUGAGUAGAAAUCAGAGAGAGAAAUAGAGAUGGUGAUCCUUUAUUCAACUGGGCAUAUGUAAAAAAGUAUAACAAAUUAUCUUCUUUUUUGUU